AUGGCUCCAUCAGCAAAAGCUACUGCAGCUAAGAAGGCUGUUGUCAAGGGUACUAAUGGUAAGAAGGCUUUGAAAGUGAGAACUUCUGCCACUUUCAGAUUACCAAAGACAUUAAAGUUGGCUAGAGCUCCAAAAUAUGCAUCCAAGGCUGUGCCUCAUUAUAAUAGAUUAGAUUCCUACCAAGUAGUGGAACAACCAAUUACUUCUGAAACCGCUAUGAAGAAAGUGGAAGAUGGUAACACUUUAGUUUUCCAAGUUUCCAUGAAGGCUAACAAGCAUCAAAUUAAGAAGGCUGUUAAGGAAUUAUAUGAAGUGGAUGUCUUGUCCGUUAAUACUUUGGUUAGACCAAAUGGUACUAAGAAGGCUUACGUUAGAUUGACUGCUGAUUAUGAUGCUUUAGAUAUUGCUAAUAGAAUUGGUUACAUUUAA